AUGCACGAGCCGCACACGAGCUCCAUCCGCGCCUUCGCACGCACAUUCUGCGCCACGUCCCCCUUUUCAGCCGGUGGUGGUUCGGGACUGGUUCGCCCCGCACCCCCGCCCCUGCCUCGCGAGGCGCAGCGCGAAUUCGAGGAGCUCGUCCGUGCAGCCCAGGCGCCCCUGUCUGCCUCCUCGUCUGUCCGCGAGGAGGAGGCGCAGAUGGCGAUGCACCCCGACGCUCGCGCGCCGCUCAAGGCCGAGUUCGAGGGGGACGUCAACCCGAUGACGGGAGAGCAGGGCGGACCCAGACGAGAGCCAGUUGGGAAAUGGGGCGAGGACGAAGGCGAUUGGAGUUUCAAGGGCCGAGUAUCGGAUUUCUAG